UCAAUACCAUAUAAGUGGCGCGACUCUGGUCGCUCGGCUCCAGUCCGCUUUUAUCUCAGCCAGCAGAAGGUUCUGAAAUACUCCCCAUUAUGAAGCUGCUGAUCUUGGCCUCUGUGUUCAUCGCCCUUUUGGCCAGUGCUUCGGCUCUGAAAAAUGCAAUCUGUGGUCUGCCCCAUUCCCGAAAUGGUGAUGGCAAAAUCUCCUGUGAGGCCUACAUCCCAAGUUGGUCCUACGACAGCAAUCACAACGAGUGCAUCAAAUUUAUCUACGGAGGCUGUGGUGGCAACGACAAUCGAUUCAAUUCGAAGGAAAACUGCGAAGACAAGUGCUUGGAAUAAAAUGUAGUGAAUCAGAGACAAACAAAAUGUAUUUUUAUUUAGAGAGAUAGGGUUAUUGUGUCUUUUCUUGGAAAUUAACUUUUCGAAGUCAAAAUCAACAUUCAAUUGAAAAAUAAAAAAUAAAUAAAUACAAUUACA